AGAGUUGGCUUCUUUAUAAAUACAUAUGUCAGCUCUUCAAUAUUGUAACAACGUUCGAUUUUUCACCUUUUAUUUCUCUUCUGUCUGCAAAUUCUUGGCUCUGUGAAGAGAAGCAAUGGGUACUCAGGCUGAUCAAGAUUAUGCCCAUAAACACCUUGAUCAAGAAACCCUAGCAAGGCAAAAGGCAAUUGAUGACUGGCUUCCUAUCACUUCCUCGAGGAAUGCAAAAUGGUGGUACUCAGCUUUCCACAAUGUCACUGCCAUGGUCGGAGCUGGUGUUCUCAGUCUGCCUUAUGCUAUGUCUGAGCUUGGAUGGGGUCCCGGUGUUGUUGUGUUGGUUAUUUCAUGGGUUAUCACGUUAUACACUCUAUGGCAAAUGGUAGAGAUGCAUGAAAUGGUACCAGGAAAAAGAUUUGAUAGGUACCAUGAGCUUGGACAACAUGCCUUUGGUGAAAAGCUGGGUCUCUACAUUGUGGUGCCUCAACAACUUAUUGUUGAAGUUGGUGUAUGUAUUGUCUAUAUGGUUACCGGAGGCAAAUCAUUGAAGAAGUUCCAUGAUCUUGUAUGCAGUACUUGCAAGCCAAUCAAGCAAACUUACUUCAUUAUGAUCUUUGCCUCUGUUCACUUCGUGCUCUCCCACCUUCCCAACCUCAAUUCCAUUUCUGGUGUCUCUUUGGCAGCUGCAGUCAUGUCUUUGAGUUACUCUACCAUUGCUUGGACAGCUUCUGUCCAUAAGGGUGUCCAGCCAGAUGUGCAAUACGGCUACAAAGCUAAAAGCGCUGCAGGAACAGUCUUUAAUUUUUUUAGUGCCUUGGGGGAAGUGGCUUUUGCCUAUGCUGGACACAACGUAGUUUUGGAGAUUCAAGCAACAAUUCCAUCGACACCUGAGAAGCCAUCCAAAGGGCCUAUGUGGAGGGGAGUCGUCGUUGCCUACAUUGUUGUGGCUUUGUGCUACUUCCCUGUCGCUUUAAUUGGCUAUUGGAUGUAUGGCAAUUCAGUCGAAGACAACAUCCUCAUCUCUUUGCAGAAGCCAGUUUGGCUUAUUGCGAUGGCUAACUUGUUUGUUGUGGUUCAUGUUAUUGGGAGUUACCAGAUUUAUGCAAUGCCGGUUUUUGACAUGAUGGAAACCGUACUGGUAAAGAAAUUGAAUUUCAAGCCAAGCAUGAUGCUUCGUUUUGUUGUGCGAAACAUUUAUGUCGCAUUCACAAUGUUCGUUGGCAUUACAUUCCCUUUCUUUGGCGGACUACUAGGAUUUUUUGGUGGAUUUGCUUUUGCCCCAACCACCUACUUUCUCCCCUGCAUCAUGUGGCUGGUUAUCUACAAGCCAAGGAAGUACAGCUUAUCUUGGUGGACUAACUGGAUCUGCAUUGUCAUUGGUGUUCUCUUGAUGAUUGUAUCUCCCAUUGGAGCAUUGAGGCAAAUAAUUCUUGAUGCCAAAGACUACGAGUUCUACUCUUAAUCAACCAAUCAAAUCAAUGUGAAGUAUAUUGCUACAAAUGAUGACGAUGAUUAUCGUGAUUACGGACAAAGCUGACAGAAUCCUUGCAGGCUGUUUCUGGAGCAUGAAUAUCUUUCUUGCUUGUGACAACGGCCAUAGGGGUUUCAUAAUAGGGCGCUUCUCUUUCUUUAUUAAACUAAUUGUGAUGCGUAUUCUGUGCCCUUCUUUUUCAUCAUUGUUUAGUUAUAUACAUUUCCAAUGUCAGUUCUUUUAUAGUUAAACCAAGAUAAAUAUAUCAUGUUUCUUCAUAAA